AUGGUUGUGAUGGAUGUAUCAGAGGAGACGUCUGUCCUAGAGUCCCUGGACCAUCUAGACCUGUCCACCCACUCCUCUCCACCUCUCAAACAACCACAGGAGACGUCUGUCCUAGAGUCCCUGGACCAUCUAGACCUGUCCACCCACUCCUCUCCACCUCUCAAACAACCACAGGAGACGUCUGUCCUAGAGUCCCUGGACCAUCUAGACCUGUCCACCCACUCCUCUCCACCUCUCAAACAACCACAGGAGACGUCUGUCCUAGAGUCCCUGGACCAUCUAGACCUGUCCACCCACUCCUCUCCACCUCUCAAACAACCACAGGACAGGUACCUGAUCCCGUCUCUGGACCGCUCCCAUGCUGGUUUCUACAGAUGCAUCGUCAGGAACAGAGUAGGAGCCAUCAUGCAGAGCAGCACUGAAGUACAAGUCGCCUAUAUGGGUGAUUUUGUGGAGGGGGAGCGUUCCCAGACUGUGUCCCAGGGAGAGGCUGCUCUGAUCCAGGCUCCACGCAUCCACAGCUUCCCACGACCACAGAUUACCUGGUUCAGGGACGGACGCAAGAUACCCGCCAGCAGCCGCAUAGCCAUCACCCUGGACAACACUCUGGUCAUCCUGUCCAGUGUGGCCCCUGAUGCUGGACGGUACUACACCCAGGCUGUCAACGACAAGAACGGAGAGAACAAAACCAGCCAUCCUAUCCUACUGACUGUGGAGAACGUGGGGGGGCCUGUGGACCCCAUCACCCCCACCAUCAUCAUCCCUCCUAAGAACACCAGUGUGAACGCAGGGAGGAAUGAUGUCAUUAUGGAGUGUGUGGCCAAUGCUAGUUGUCUCUACCCAGGUAUUGCCCCCAACAUCACGGCAGGUCCAGCUGACAGUGCUGUGAUUGACGGCAUGUCAGUCAUCCUCCACUGUGAGACCAGCGGAGCCCCGCGACCAGCUAUCACCUGGCAGAAAGGUGAACGUGUGUUGGCCAGUGGUUCUGUCCAGCUGCCCAGGUUCACCCUGCUGGAGUCAGGCAGUCUACUAGUGUCCCCGUCUCACCUUUCUGAUGCUGGGACUUAUACCUGCAUGGCCAGCAACUCCAGAGGCAUAGACGAGGCCGCCGCAGAUCUACUGGUGUGGGCACGGACCCGUAUCACCAAGCCACCUGUAGACCAGAGUGUCAUCAAGGGGACCAAGGCUGUCAUGUCCUGUGGGGUGACCCAUGACCCCAGUGUGUCUGUCAGGUAUGUUUGGGAGAAGAGUGGUUCAGUGGUGGAUGUGAGCACCUCUCCCCGGCUCCGUCUGGACCCUGACGGGACUCUGCACCUCUCCCAGACCUGGUCAGGUGACAUCGGAACAUACACCUGUAGAGUCACCUCUGUAGGGGGCAACGACUCACGCAGCGCUCACCUCAGAGUCAGGCAGCUUCCCCAUGCUCCAGAGAUCCCCAGUGCAGCUCUGAGCCAGGUAGAGAAGAGGGCCAUCAAUCUGACCUGGGCUCAGGCCUUCGAUGGGAACAGCCCCCUGAUCCGAUACAUCCUGGAGGUCUCAGAGAACAAUGCCCCGUGGACAGUGCUCCUUGCCAAUAUUGAACCGGAGUGGACCGGGGUGACCGUGGGUGGUUUGAUCCCAGCACGGUCCUACCAGUUCAGGCUGUGUGCGGUCAAUGACGUGGGCAGGGGACAGUUCAGCAAGGAGACUGACCGACUCUCUCUACCAGAGGAGCCUCCCAGUGCCCCUCCUCAGACGGUGAUUGCCAGUGGUCGUACCAACCAGUCCAUCAUGAUUCCAGUGGCAACCACCCCCGGAGAGCCACCAGAAUGGACCGCUCCAGGGAUACAUCAUCAGGUACUGUCUGUCAGGACUACCAGUGGACUGUCAGAUGAAGAACAUCACCAGGCCAGACCAGAAUAACCUACUCCUGGAGGACCUCAUCAUCUGGACUAACUAUGAGAUGGAGGUGGCAGCCUACAACAGGGCU